UGUCGGAAAGGGCCUUCUUCUUCUUCGAAAAAGAGAACGAGAGAGAUGGAUGGUGAAGGGCAUGGUUCCAAAGCUAAGUUCCCUUUUCACUCCACUAGAGGAGAAAACAAUGAUCUCUAUACUAAACUAUGGCAUGCAUGCGCGGGUCCUUCUGUUUAUGUUCCUCGCUCUGGAGAUAAAGUCUUGUACUUCCCUCAAGGUCAUAUGGAACAGGUUGAGGCAUACAUGAGUGAAGAUGGCACUAUGGAAAUGCCCAUCUACAAUUUACCUUGGAAGAUCCUUUGCAGGGUUUUGCAUGUUGAGCUUAAGGUUGAACCUGACACAGAUGAGAUCUUUGCAGAAAUUAUUUUGCUUCCAGAGGCUGAGCAAGAUGAGCAAAGAAUGGAGCAUAGAUAUUAUCGAGCGUCGCCUCGGGAAAAUUAUUCUCGUUACUUUAGUAAGAAGCUAACUCCAUCGGAUAUAAAGACACACGGUGGAUUCUCUAUCCCAAAGCGGCAUGCCAAUGAUGGGUGUCUUCCGCUCUUGGACAUGUCUCAGGAAAUCCCCCAGCAGGAACUGCUCGCAACUGACUUGCAUGGUCAUCCAUGGUACUUUCGACAUGUUUUUCGUGGCUAUCCAAAAAGAAAUUUGCUUACCACCGGUUGGAGUACCUUUGUCACCUCGAAGAAGCUUGCUGCUGGGGAUUCAUUUAUCUUUCUAAGAGGGGAAAAUGGAGAGUUCGGUGUUGGAGUUCGCCGAUCAAUGACAAAGCUACUGAACAGUCCAUCUCCAUCGAUCAUAUCCGCUCACAGUGUGCGACAUGGAAUACUUGCCAGUGCUUUCCAUGCCUUUGCAACCAGAAGCAUCUUUAACGUCUACUACCGUCCUUGGGCAAGGUCUUCUCAAUUUAUCACUCCACUUGAUCAGUAUAUAAAGGCGGUUCAAUUUGACUACUGCUUCGGGACAAGAUGUAGAAUGCGAGUUGAAGGUGGAGAAUCUGGGGAACAGAGAUCCCUUGGCACUAUCAUUGGCACUGAAGAUCUCGAUCCUAUUAGAUGGCAGAAUUCCAAAUGGAGAUGUGUGAAGGUGAAAUGGGAUCCCGCAGCAAGUUCGGUUUUGCUUCCCGAAAGAGUUUGUCCUUGGAGCAUCGAUCUCACGGAAUUCACCAAGAAAAAGAAAGCUUCCACUCUGCAUCAUCAGAAGAGGGCUCGCCCCAACAACGCAUCAUCCCCUGAGUUUUCUAACUUGCUUAUGGAUGGCAUGUUGCAUGGUACAGCUAAAAAUCAAUCUCAAAGUAGUUCAGGGGUCUUGCAAGGUCAAGAAGACAGUGACACAUGCGUGAAUCAAUCCAGUGUACUGCAACAAUCAUUACCGCAUCUUCUCCCGCAAGAUCCUGGCUGUGCCUCAAUGCAACAGCAGAUGCAUAAGCAACUAGAAAUUCAGAUUCCGACCUGUGACCCAUUUUAUCAAUGUUCCAGCAACACAGCACACUUUUCUGGUAGGAAAGUACCAGGUUUGUGUAAUGGGCUCUCAACAAUCUCCUCUAACAGAGUUCAUGAUGAUGCUCGUGCUACCAAAAACGGAACUUCUUUGUCCAGACCAAAUGGCAGUCACAGAUGCAUGGUUUUCGGAGUAAAUUUAUUUAAUGGCUCACCUGAGCUCCCUUCACCACAAGUUCUCACUUCUAGUGAGGUUCAAUGCUCGACUCCUCUCACUUCUCAGUCGAGUGUUUCCAUUGCUUCCAAGGGUAUAUCUAGCAAGCAAUGCAACAACUGUUGCUCCGUCGGCGAUCGAACUUGCACCAAAGUGCUCAAGUAUGGAACUAAUCUUGGAAGAUCUGUUGAUCUCUAUCGAUUCAACGGAUACAAAGGCCUCAUCCUUGAGCUUGAUCAUAUGUUUGAUUUCAAUGGAAAGUUGAUCGAUGGAAGCAGCGGCUGGCACAUAACCUAUACCAAUGAAGAUGGGGAUAUGAUGCUGAUUGGAGAUCCUUAUCCAUGGCAGAAAUUUCAGCAUGAAGUCCGAAGGAUGGUUAUCCGCCCAAAGGAAGAAAUCAACAGGCUGAAUCCGAGCUCACCGAGUUCAGCAUCUUACUGAAAUGUCUUGUGCAGACGUUUCUUUAAGAAGUAAGUAUGGUACGGUGUUUUAGAGUUUUAGCUUGUGGUGCAAGAAACAAGUUGUUUGUUCUUCAAGCUAUGUAGUUUUUAAUGGGAUUCAGUCCCUAUGGGUACUGCCUGCAUCUUUGAUUCCUGCAUUGACAUUCAUAUCAUAUAGAUGCAGCUCUGUGUUGUUUUGAGAGAUGGUUUAUGUUUUUAUGGAAUAAAAAUGAACAAGCUCUUUAACUUUUAAUUUAA